AUACUUAUCACAUACAGAAGAUAUUGACAACAGCGCCCUGUUUAUGUCACGUGACUGCGUCUUGUUCUCACAUGACAGAGGACGUGACGUAACUGUCAUCUGAGAAACUGAAAACAGCGAUCGGAGCGAUUACAGCCUCGGCCUCAGGAUGGAUAUCAGAGGAGCCGUGGACGCCGCCGUCCCCACCAACAUCAUCGCGGCCAAAGCAGCCGAGGUCCGAGCCAACAAGGUCAACUGGCAGUCCUACCUACAGGGCCAGAUGAUUUCUGUAGAGGACUGUGAGUUCAUCAAGCGCUUUGAGAUGGCACGCGCUGAGGAGAAGCAGGCCAUUCUGACCAACGAAGGGCAUCAGUGUGCUAAAACCUUCCUCAACCUGAUGGCGCACAUCUCUAAGGAGCAGACGGUACAGUACAUCCUGACCCUCAUCAACGACAUGCUGCAGGAGAACCACCAGAGAGUGAAUAUCUUCUUCGAUUACGCCAAGAAGACCAAGAGCACCGCCUGGUCCCACUUCCUGUCCAUGCUGAACCGACAGGACGUGUUCACUGUCCACAUGGCGGCCACGAUCAUCGCAAAGCUGGCAGCGUGGGGUCGGGAGCUGAUGGAGGGCACUGAUCUGAACUACUACUUCAACUGGAUCAAAACCCAGCUCAGCUCGCAGAAGCUGCGUCUCACAGGUGCAGAAACAGGCUGUAUGUCGCUAAGUGAGAGCUCCCAGUACGUGCAGUGCGUGGCGGGCUGCCUGCAGCUGAUGUUGAGGAUUAAUGAGUACCGGUUCGCCUGGGCGGAGGCCGACGGAGUCAGCUGGUGUGGAUGUCUGCAGAACCUUCUGGAGAAGUCUGCGGAGCGGGAGACGCGGCAGGAGUACGCUCUGGCCAUGAUCCAGUGCAAGGUGCUGAAGCAGCUGGAGAAUCUGGAGCAGCAGAAGUACGACGACGAGGACAUCUCCGAUGACAUCACCGUCCUGCUGGAGAGGCUGGGGGAGAGCAUGCAGGACCUCAGCUCGUUCGAUGAGUACAGCUCGGAGCUGAAGUCCGGCCGGCUGGAGUGGAGCCCGGUCCACAAGUCGGAGAAGUUCUGGCGCGAGAACGCCGUCCGUCUGAACGAGAAGAACUACGAGCUCCUCAAAAUCCUGACCAAGCUGCUGGAGGUGUCGGACGACCCCCAGGUCAUCGCCGUGGCAGCGCACGACGUGGGCGAGUACGUCCGCCACUACCCGCGAGGGAAACGGGUGAUCGAGCAGCUCGGCGGGAAGCAGCUGGUGAUGAAUCACAUGCACCACGAGGACCAGCAGGUCCGCUACAACGCCCUGCUCGCCGUGCAGAAACUGAUGGUGCACAACUGGGAGUAUCUGGGCAAGCAGUUGCAGUCAUCAGAACAACCAGCAGCCGUCUCUGCCAGGAGCUAAAGAGUGUGUGUGUGUGUGUGUGUGUGUGAGAGAGAGAGAGAGAGAGAGAGAGAGAGAGAGAGAGUGUGUGUGUUUGUGUGUCCCUAUGUUAGGCAUAGAUGUGUGUCUGUGCUGUUGAAUGGUUAUGGGUGUGUGUCUGUGUGCUGUUGAAUGGUUAUGGGUGUGUGUCUGUGUGCUGUUGAAUGGUUAUGGGUGUGUGUCUGUGUGCUGUUGAAUGGUUAUGGAUGUGUGUCUGUGUGCUGUUGAAUGGUUAUGGGUGUGUGUCUGUGUGCUGUUGAAUGGUUAUGGAUGUGUGUCUAUGUGCUGUUGAAUGGUUAUGGUUAUGGAUGUGUGUCUAUGUGCUGUUGAAUGGUUAUGGAUGUGUGUCUGUGUGCUGUUGAAUGGUUAUGGUUAUGGAUGUGUGUCUGUGUGCGUGUGUUUGUAUGUACACACACGCGUAUGAUGGUUACAGAUGUGUUUCUUGUCUCCCUUGCUGUGUUUCUCUGUGUGGGGUCCUAUCUGCUGUGUGUCUUGUGUUAAGUUCAGCCUUGCAACCUCCUCUUCACCUGUUUACAUGCGUUUCCAAUUUCUUACAAUGAAGACCUACAUGGUGAUGUCACACGGGUUUCUGUGGCCGUGGCUGUAAAUUAUGUGACAGAUUAUUUAUGUCAGAGUUUUUAGACGCAGUAGAUGUGUCCAUUUGGGUGAAAUAAAGUCUUUGAACUGAACGG